CCACUUUUGCUCACGCUUCCCAGUUUGUGUUGCAGGCAAACAUUGACGUUGUUGUUGCAUCCUCUAUUCCCCCUCAACCGGCUCAAACUGGUGGACAUCAUCGUUUUCAUGUCUCUCGUCGGCAUUGGCUCCCUGUCAUGCAACUCUCCGGCGAUCAACUAGCUGCCAAAAAUGGCAGAUCUCAAUGUCAAGGUUGGGCAAAGAGUAGAGACUCAGGACGGCAAGCAAGGCACCGUUCGUUACAUUGGGCACAUACAUGUUGCCUCGGGAGAAUGGCUGGGUCUCGAACUGGCCGAUGACACAGGCAAGAAUGAUGGUUCCGUCAAAGGGGAGCGAUACUUCAACUGCGCUCCGGGCCAUGGCAUCUUCGUCCGCAAGGAGUCGGCUGUGAGAAUACUCAGUCAACCAGGUCCCGGUGCAAAGCCCAACGGAACAUCGGCUUCCAAUGGACCCGCACCAAAGCCGAGACCCUCCAGCAUAGUUGCUGCAGACGUUGCUAGAAAGAGACAGAGUCUGAUGAGCGCCGGUUCCAGUACGACUACAGGUUCAAGGUCUAUGAGGAUAUCUUCUCCAAUCAAGUCCCCUACGAAGCCUGCCCCGUCUUCCGCUAGUUCAUCCACCUCUACUCCGAGAACAGGUACUCCAGCGACCACUGCACGAACCUCUGAUUCGAGUACAAAAUCGAGGCUCAGUUUGGCUGGGAAAUCUACAAUGCCCCCACCCGCUUCAGCACACAGGCCGAGCGCCUCAGCGAGUAGGCAGUCAAUAGGUGGUCCUGUCAAACCCCCGGCGACGAGGCCUUCUUCAAUACAACCACGCCCUUCCAUGGCCGCUUCCAGGCUGUCUAUGACCCCCAAAGCUCCACCUCGGGCUGAGAAGAGCGAGCCCCUUGUCGACAGUGUUGAUGUGAAACAACCACCCCCGGUCGUGGAAGAACGACCGACCCCGACCCCUUCCCCAGACGCAGAAGAACCCGAGCCUCAGGAGCCAUCAGUUAUUGAAGCGAGAGUUUCAGCCACUGCCACUCCACGUUCGCAACCGCCGGCCGGUCCAAGGAAUGGGUUUAGUUCUGCUGCCGAAGACAGAUCCCGACAAGCACAGGUCAUCAAAGCGUUAGAGACGAAAGUUCGGGCACUCCAGAAGCAAAGGCAGGAGGAUCAAGCUCAAAUACAAAACGUGCAAGACCUUCAAAACCAAGCGACCCGCUACGAAGGAAUCAUCCAAACUUUGCAGAAAAAACUCAAGACCAACCAACAAGAGAUUCAAGAACUGAAAGCCAAGUAUGAGGACGCAGAAUCUCGUGCUACUCAGGUACCAGACCGUAGUGCCGAACACGACUCAGAACUAGAGCUCGCGACACUUGACAAAGAGAUGGCUGAAGAGCGUGCCGACAUGUUUGAGAGUGAACUGGAGGCCCUGAAGCUCAAGCAUGAGGAGUUGGAGCUGGAAGCUGAAAUUCUGAGAGAAGAGAACCGGGAGUUGGCGUCAAUCAUGAGUCCUGAAGAGAAGGCAAGCGCCGGCUGGCUUCAGAUGGAACGUGAGACGGAGAGGUUGCGUCAGGCACUAGUCAUGCUCAGGGACGUGACGCAGCAGAACGAGGGUGAUUUGAAGAACGAGAUCAAGGAGCUCCAUGAAACCAUUGAUGAGCUCGAGCAUACAGCUUCGAAGUAUGAGGAGGUUGCAGCGAAGCUCAGCAGGUCGGAGGAGACCAAUCAGCACCUCAGAGAACAGCUAGAGGCUGCGGAGGCGAACGAUGAAAUCUUGGAUACUCUGGGCCAAGAGCGUGACCAGAACCGAAACAUGAUUGAGCAGUUGAAGAGGCAGGUGCAGGAUCUCGAGGAACACAUCCAAGUCGCAGAUGAGCUCGAGGCAUUCCAUGUCGAAGAGGAAAAGCGGCUACAUUACCAAUUGGACGAAAGCGAGGCGAUGCUGCACGACAGACAUCGACAUGCUGCCGAGCAGGAAAAGACGAUUGAAGACCUCGAAUACACACUGACCAAAUUCCGUGAUGUCGUGCAGGGCCUCCAGGGGGACAUUGACGAACUCCGACGCUCACGCGAGAUUAGCGAACUCGAGGCGAGUGAGAUGAGUAGCAAGUCCCGAGCGAUGAUGGAUCUCAACCUGAAGUUACAGAACUCGGCGGCCAAAACUCAACUGAAGGCCAUCGACCUCGAGCUUGGGAAGAUGCGCGCUGAGCAGGCUAGUUUACAUCUCGAAAUCGUGCAGCACUUCGUUCCAGAUACAUUUGAUGUCGACAAGAAACCUAUCCUGGCUCUUUUAUGUUUCAAAAGAAUCCGGUCGAAGGCACAACUGUGCAAAGUCAUACUGGCGGAGCGAAUGCGCGACAGAGCUGAGUUGCAUGAGAGUCCUAUGGCAGUAUUUGCUGUCAUGGAAAGGAUGAAUUUCAUUGCGAAUCUCUGUGGACGAUUUGUGGAACACCUAUCUACAUGCUCAACGGACGAGUUCAUGAGAUAUGCUGGUGCCCCGUUCGAGCUGGAGCCUGUGGAACAGGCAAUGACCAGCUGGGUGGAGGCCUUGCGCCGCGAUGAACUCGGCCAUGAAGGAUCCGAUUAUCUCCAACGCAUGGCUGACAUUCUAGUCGAUAUGUCUGAGAAGUUUAUUCCGGAUACUCGCGAAACUAAAGCCAUGGAGAUGAACUCAUCCAUCUCGAUGGUUGAGAACUACGCAGAUAACAUUGCCAGCCAAGCACAGAUUUUGGGCAAAGCAGUACUAGCCAAGUUAGGAACACCGAAAGACGACGACGAAGACUCGAUACUCUUCGAAAAGAAAAUGGAUCAGCUUGGUAUCAAGGCCCGAACGAUCAAAUAUGUUGCUGGCAAGGUGAUACAUGCAGUGAGCGAUCUCUCGGCACGCUCAAUGUGCCUGGGCGAGGCCAUGUGGAAUAAAUUCACCGAAGCUGAAUUGUGCGCCGAAGCACUGUCGCACUUGACUCAAAGAAUCGGAGAGUCGGUUUUCGAGGAGCUUAACAAGAUGGAGAUGGAUGAAGCACUUUCAUAUUCAAGGAUUGUCGAGCUUAUGACCGCGGUCGCAUCUGGCGAGCAACAACGGAGUGAGCCACAAGGACCUACUUCAGAUGACGUCUUCGAGAUAUUGUUGAAGCAAUUGCAGGUCCUGCAAGGAAAGAUUGACGACCUGAAUGCGAAGUCGGGCGAUAUAAGUUGCGCCAUCGAGUUCGAGAAAUUUCCCGCGCCAUGGACUGCUCGUGCCCGUGAAGUCAAGGCACAAAAGGCUCUGUCGCAAGAUCUGCAGGACGAAAUGUCUCGGUUGAAGCUGAAAAUCCAAGAACAGACCAUCAGGAUCAGCGAAAAGGACAAAGAACUCGAGGAACAACAAGUCAAGGUCGAACUACUGGAAUCGAGAGCCAAGGACACAAAGGCUAAGGAUGACGGCGUGAAAGAGAUGAAAGAAGAAAUCACCAGGCUUCGCGCAGAGAAUUUGGCGGCUGUUGAAAACGUCCAGCGGCUCGAGACAGAAUACCAGGCCCUCCUCGAGUCUCAAGAGAGUCAAAAGAUGGAACUGGAGGCAAUCAAACACAAGAGAAUGGCAGACGGACAAGGUCUACCACUUGGGCCUGCGGAUGAAUCGGCGUCGUUGCGCCUUAAGGCUGAGGUAGAUCAGCUCAAGCUGGAGAUCAUCGGUCUGCAGGCAGCGGUACGCUUCCUGAAGUCCGAGAAUCGGCAACUUAGGGUACCCGUUGGCGAUAUUGCGCAAAGAGCUGUCGAACAUGAAUGGCUUGGUCUCAACCAUCUCAAGGCAACAUCGACCAGAGACGCCAACACUCAACAAUUGCGGACUGGAUCGAAGGAAGUGUUUGCAAGUUUGAUGGACAUGGCAAAGACGGCGAAGCCUGUCAAACUCAAGCGCACAGCUGUUGCUAGUCAAGAUGCGACUGCGAAGAUGUCGUACUGGCGAGCACAAACAGACACCACAUUGUAUCAAGUGCUCCAGCGGAAAGAGGAGCUGGAGCGAUGGAAUGAGAUGAAGGACGACUUGAUUAAGAGAGCGAGGAUCGUGGCUCGCUCGAAACAUGUCCUCAACUCGAAAGCGCCAACGCAGAAAUACCACUCAGCUCCCAAGGUUGGCGCCUUCAAGGUGGCUGAUAUGGAAGAUGGCAACCUGGAAUUCGGCAUUCGAGUUGAUGGAGUCUGUAUAGUAUGACAAGGAAGUCUGUUCUAGUGACUGGGGGUAUCCAGGAGCAUGUAGCCCCUUUGUGAAUGUAAUUUACGAGACUGCUGCUAGUCUCUCGAGGAUAUCAUUAAGUCGAU